AUGGCUCGACUUACCAAGGUUGCUCUCGUCGCUCUUGGCUCCGUGACGGGGGUCAGUGCUUGGGGCUCACUAGGCCAUGCUACAGUUGCAUACGUUGCCCAAAAUUAUGUGACCUCCGAGACAGCAUCAUGGGCGCAAGGUGUUCUAAAUGAUUCCUCUAGCUCAUAUUUGGCUAGCAUUGCCUCUUGGGCCGAUUCAUAUCGCGCAACCACUGCUGGAAAGUGGUCUUCUUCGUUCCACUACAUUGAUGCUGAAGAUAACCCCCGACAACCUGCAAUUUCAGGGUGCUCAGUUUCUGCUAUUGCCAACUACACCCAGCGUCUAGGUGACGGUCGACUUUCCAACGAUCACAAGGCAGAAGCUCUCAAAUUUCUUGUACACUUCCUCGGUGACAUAACGCAGCCGCUGCAUGAUGAAGCUUACGAGACUGGCGGUAACGGCAUUGCAGUCACCUACAACGGCUACAGCGACAACCUUCAUUCGGACUGGGAUACCUACAUGCCGGAGUCAUUGAUUGGUGGUAGCUCGCUCGCAGAUGCGCAGUCCUGGGCUAAGACUCUGAUCAGCGAGAUUGACUCGGGUAGUUACAAAUCUCAGGCGGCGAGUUGGAUCAAGGGAGAUACUAUCAGCGAUCCAAUCACCACAUCUACCCGUUGGGCUUCGGAUGCCAAUGCCUUUGUAUGCACUGUUGUCAUGCCUGAUGGAGCUGCUGCUUUGCAGACUGGCGACCUUUACCCGACUUACUACAAUUCUGCCAUUGAUACAAUCGAGCUGCAAAUUGCAAAGGGUGGCUACCGGUUGGGCCAUUGGCUUAACUUGAUUUACACCUCUAAGAUUGCCAAGCGCGAUGUGGAAGCAUUUGUUGAGACCCGAGAUGCGGCUCUUCCAGACCUGUCCGGUCGCGAUCUUCUUCCAAAGCCCCGUGUCUUGAGCCGUGCUAAACUGGCAAGAGCGGCCAUGGAAGGAUCAUGCUGUAGCUCAGAGAAGCGCGAUCAUGAGCAUUGA